GAACAAGAAAUGACAGACAUGGAGCAGUUGCAGCAGCUGUUGCAAGGUGCAGUUCUUGGCGGCGAUCGUGGCAAUGGAGUGAAUCUCUACGCUUUCCCGAUGGAAGAUGAGUGGGGAAACUACGGAACGCCAGUUUUACAAGCAACAUUGUGGGCAGCUAGCCAGGUUUUCUCGGGCAAAUUCCCCUGUGAGGAUCUACAGCGUUGCCCGUUUUUGCCACCUGGACAAGAAGAGUUAUGCUGAGACUGGAUCAUAAUUUUUCGCUGGCUUGCAGCUGUUUAACGGGGUAUCUAAAUGCUGACAAAUUUGAAUAGCCUCCUUCGAAUCUCAAUCUUCGCAUUCCAUCUUGUAGCAAUUACCACUCCAAGUAUGAGGCUAAGGCAUCCAAAAACUUGAUCGACGACCGCUUCUAAUUUCAGACCCCAGCACAUCAACCUCCAAACCUCGUUGCAGCGCGUGGGCUUGUGCACGUACUUGGAGCUACAUUUUGAAUGGUGUGAGGCUUAUUUUUAGAGGCCAAGGAC